CCCCCCCCAAACGUCUCUGAACCUGGGGCUCCGCCGAAGGGCCCUAGGGGUGCAGCAGGCCUCCAACUCCGGGACCCCGGCCCGGCUUCCGAUAGGGAGCGCCAGCGGCUGAGUACCGGCCGUGCUGCUCGGGAGGCCAGGACCCCCUUUGGGUUGAGCGGGGGGGGAGGGGGGGACCCAGGCUAUCCUCCCCUUCCCCUCCGCUCUUAUCGGGAGUUACUACUUCCAGAGCGACAUCCCAAUCAGGCUGUUAAGUAAAGCAGUUGUUCUCGAUUCCGAUCAAUGGUCGAUCCGUAUCGGAGGGAGUCAGACAAGUCACUCUGACCUGGUGCUUUGACUUGGGCUCCUGCUGUCGUUCUGGACAUCCUGUCGCAUCCUUCAUCCUUGCAAUAUUCCGCACUUUGCUCAAUACUCAGGGUCAAAAAGACUACCAAGCCAGUCGGGAGGAGACUGCUUCAUAUUACAAUUACCCAGAAGCAUUGCUGGAAGCUCAGCAGAUGUGAGUGCCCCAGUCAACAGUGGAAGGGGGUACAAGGAAAUCACAGAGAAGUCUGUUCUGAUGUCCCCAGAAGCAAGUCGACCCCCUCCGGGCUCUGGGAAUACUACAAAGCAAUAUGAAACCUGUUCAUGAGAGGAGUCAGGAAUGCCUUCCACCAAAGAAACGAGACCUCCCUGUGACCAGCGAGGAUAUGGGGAGGACCACCAGCUGCUCAACCAACCACACACCCUCUAGUGAUUCCUCUGAUUGGUGUCGGGGGGUAGUGGUGACUGGGCAGACACAGGCAGGAGUAAGACAGAGUGUUGGUAGUGAUGGAGUGGAGGCCAUUACUGGUCUGACAGUGGACCAAUAUGGUAUGCUGUACAAGGUGGCCAUGCCACCAGCCACAUUUUCCUCUACUGGCCUCCAUCCUGUGGUGAACAUGAGCCCCCUGCCCUCUGCCUUCAAUGUAGCAUCGUCACUGAUUCAGCAUCCAGGAAUCCACUAUCCCCCCAUCCACUAUGCUCAGCUUCCCCCAACUUCUCUGCAGUUUAUUGGAUCUCCUUACACUAUGCCCUAUGCUAUGCCUCCCAAUUUUCUCCCUAGUCCUCUGCUCUCACCUUCUGCCAACCUCACAACCUCUCAUGUUCCUCACUUUGUGCCAUAUGCCUCACUCUUGGCAGAAGGGGCUACUCCUCCCCCCCCAACCACAUCUCCAGUCCACUCUUUCAACAAAGUCCCUCCUGCCACUUCUCCACCAAGUCAACUGCAGCAUCACUCAGGCACUCAGCCAGUGGACCUUACCCCAGGCCGAGUGCCCAUUUACUAUCAGAUGUCUCGGCUUCCCACUGGGUAUACAACACAUGAAAUCCCUUCAACAAGAGCAAGCCCAGAUGCUGCCCCUGUACUGCAUGAUGUUCAGCCUGUUCCAGAUGUAACUGCUUCCAAUGGAGGGCAGAGACAAAUGGAACGGAGCCUGGUAAGACAAGAAAGUGAAGCCAUGGACCCCUCCAGCAACAAGGAUAACAGCCAGGGACUAGGACCAGUGGUAGAAUGUGUGAUGGAUGGACAGUUGUUUUCAGGUUCUCAGACCCCACGGAUGGAGGUGGCACUGCCAGCACAUCGAGGGACUCCAGAUACUGACCUAGAAGUCCAGAGAGUGGUGGGAACUUUAGUGACUCAGGACUAUCGAGUGGUGGCAACUCAGAGGAAAGAUGAGCCCAGUCCCCUUAAUCUAUCUCAUCAUGUUCCUGAUCAUCAGGGAGAAGUGAGAGGGCUGGUUAGAAAUCCAAUAGAAAUGACAGAGAAAAGCCAGGCCCAUGGGCUCUAUACCCAGUCUUCCCAAGAACUAGCAAAACAUAGACCUUUGCCCAAAGCAAUGGUGAUAGCUAAUGGCAAUUUGGUGCCCAUUGGUACUGAGCAGGGCCUGUUGUCCAUGGGAUCAGAAAUACUGGUGACGUCUAGUGUGGAUAUGCAGGUUCGAGCCACUUUCCCAAAUAAGGAGCCAACCCCUCCACCCAGCACCUCCUCUCACUUGCCCUCUCACUUCAUGAAAGGUGCCAUCAUCCAGCUGGCCACAGGAGAACUGAAGCGGGUCGAGGAUCUACAGACCCAAGACUUUGUGCGCAGUGCUGAGGUGAGCGGGGGCCUGAAGAUUGACUCUAGCACCGUGGUUGACAUUCAGGAGAGCCAGUGGCCUGGCUUUGUAAUGCUGCAUUUUGUGGUCGGGGAGCAACAGAGCAAAGUAAGCAUUGAUGUGCCCCCUGAACACCCUUUCUUUGUGUAUGGCCAGGGCUGGUCCUCCUGUAGCCCUGGGCGGACAGCACAGCUCUUCUCUCUUCCUUGCCACCGGCUACAGGUAGGAGAUGUUUGUAUCUCCAUCAGUUUACAGAGCUUGAACAGUAACUCGGUUUCUCAGGCUGGCUUCCCUUCCCCAGACCAGUUGGGUCCCUCCCAAGAGAGGCCUGAGAGGACAGUCUUGGGAUCCAGAGAGCCAUCUGACAGUGACAGGAAGAGCCAGCCUUCAGGAGAAGGGGCCCCGGUCCAGAGCUCCCACACAAUGGAGCCCUCCCAGCCUGAGCCUGGUGCUCAGUCUUGCUGGCCAGCAGCGGGCUUCCAAAGAUACAGUGUACAGGGAGAGGAAGCACGGGCCACUCUGCUCCGUCCCUCUUUCAUUCCACAGGAGGUGAAACUCUCCAUUGAAGGGCGUUCAAAUGCAGGAAAAUGAACUCUUUUCCCCCAUACCAGGACAGGAGUUUUAGUCCAGAGUGAAGUCUCGACGUGAGCAGGUGGAGAAUUUGCACACGCUGAGUAGUUAAUCCACUCUCUUAGCCAUGGGAAUUUGGGGAAGGAGGUUAUCAUCCUCAUGCCAUAGGGUUUCUAAUGUUCAGUAGCCCUUGGCAUCCUUCUGGGAUGGCUCCAGAAAAUGCUUAGGUUGGGGAGUGAGGGUGGGGGGUAGGGGUAGGUGCCAGCUUAGACCUGGGAGAGAAGGACUAUGAGGGAUAAGGAACAUCCCAAGCACUGGAACCUCCCCAUGCUCUCCCUUUGCCCAGCCCCUGCAUUUGAGUGGUCCAAGCAUCAGGAGCAUGGGGCAGAGGGAGAGCCACAAAGUAAGAGCCAAAAACUAUGAUCCACACACAGCUUAGAGUAGCAGCAGUUAAACUGUCUGGAGUUUUUUCUUUUCUCUUUUGGGGGUGGGGGAAGGGGAGAUCCCCCUCUUUGGAAUAAGGGGCUCCCACCUCAAAGCCCUUCAUUUGAGAGAUGUGCACUUUAAAGGGUAAUUUUGUUACAGAUGGUCAUCUUUGGGUUUGUGAGCAAGGAAGACAGUCUCCUCUACAGGCUUGUAUUUGGGCCUCAGCGCCUCCUCCCCCCCCCCCCCAUCCGUUUUUACUCUCUUUUGUCAUAAAGCAUACAGUGAUUUUCAGGGCUGGAGAGAACUUUGAGCACCUCUACAAUAAAAAAUGAAGGGACUGCUAAGAACGCAGACUGUGGCUGAGAGCUGGCAGCUGGAGGACUGGAGCAAAAAGCUGUUCUGGAUAUAGAUGGAGCUUAUGGGAAUGCAUGUUUCUCAACUGAGUACAACCUGCUUAGGUCAUUUGUGACUAGCUUAAUCAUCUGAAUUCCUAAAUCAAUCACCGAGAAUGUUUGAAAAUUUUGCAUACCAUUACUUUCCAUAGACACCUGCAUUCUUUCCCCUUUCUCUGCUAAUGUGCCCAAGUGCCUGCACUUUCCCAUCUUUCUACUAUCCUUACCCACAGAGUUUUUCCAUUUGGACUUCUUCCUAAGACUGUUGACCUCACCAAUUUUCUGUAAAACUUCUCUCUGUCCCUACUAAGCUCACUGAUUUUCCAAGGACUCUGGGUUUCCCCUUGGACUGUCAUCUACUUUUUUCUCUUCAUUUCCAGAAUUUGCUGGGAAUCCUUAGGCAUCGUGUUUGCUCUCUUUCUGCUGCUGCACAGCCAAAUUGGGAUUAAGACAAGAUACUAUAUACCCCAGACCAGUGCAAGUGGCUUGAGGGUUGGAAUUGCCAAGAUUCAUUAACAUUAUCCAUUAUGUCCCUGCUGUCUUAUCUGAUCUUCAGGCAUCUUCUUGCCAUUCUUCACACUAAUUAUGAGGAAGGGCUUUAAGAUUGAGGGAUGAUCCACAAAUUCUGACACCUAAUCGUCCUCUGGCCUCUGAGUUGUGGCACUUUCCUUUCUCAGGAUAGUAAGUAUUUCUUUUAAUUCAGAUAUUCAUCCGUGGCAUGCUCCCAUUUUUGAAGUCCCAGGAUGUGUUGCCCACAACUUUUAGCUACAGCCAGGCCUAUGGGAUUCUGGAAUUUUGAGAGAUAGGCUCUUCCAUGAGCCACCAGAAGGUGGAUGGGUUUUAGUUUAUUCAGGGUAACUCAGGGCAGCAUCACCUAAUUCUGCUUUAGCUUCUCCCUGGUUAUUUAGAUUCUGGCUCUGACCAGGAGGUAGCAUAUGUUUUGUGGAAAUGCUUGACUCAGGAGCAAGAGUCCAUGAACCCCCAAGGGCUGACCUCAGCUUUUUCUCUCAGUGACAUUAGGCAAGUUCUGGCACCCCUCUGUCUCACUUUCUCCCCAGAUACCCAAUGGGGAUGAAUAUUAACCUACCUCCUGGAGGAUGUUCUGAAAAUGGCCAGCCAGAGAGUACACAGGAGAAGAGUGACUGAAGCUUGGCUUGUUUGAUGCUAGUCUUGUACUCCAGUUUCGCUUUUUAAUUGUAGCUCUGUUCACUUUGUAAAGCCCCAUCUAAAGGGACUAUACCCCAAUUCCUUGAGUUGCCAGCUCUAAAAAGAAACAAACGCUAGCCCUGUCUGGUGAACACUGAACCUUGGUACUGCAUUUGAGAUCUUUCCCUGCCUCUUUUCUAUCUCUCAUUCUUCCCAAGUGCUCCUUCUCCUACCUUCAAGUUAGGGCCUGGAGGUGGUCUAACAAAUUCUCUCUGAUCACUAAACCUUGCAGGAAGACCUCCCUCUUGCCCCCACCAUUUUCUGGUCAUUCUGAGUUGAUGGCUUCUGGGGAAUACCAUUUGCACAGGUUUCUCAUCGGUAGCUUUUAUUGGAAAACUGAUUAGUACAAUACCAUGCAAGCAGGAGGUGCUUAAGAAGUAAUCACUGGUCAUCAGCUGCAGCUCUCUCCAUCAAGUGAGACUGGAAACAAAGGCUGCCCCUCACCUUCUGACUGUAGACUCCCAGAGUGGCUUAUAUAGGGUUUAUUCAACAGCUCCUUUCACUUCCUCCAAGAGAAAGGGCCCUUUCUUGUGCACCUUCAGCUAGCUGCGCCCUCCCCUCUGAAUUGCUCUGCUCCUGGGUGAAGCAGUGUUUUGCAGCUGCACCCCAUUAGCUAUACAGCAUCCAGCACAGUGCCAUGCACAUACUGUGUGUUACUUGAUUUUGAUGGGCUGGUCAAAUGUCUUGAAGAAGAAUGGUGUCAGGAGCCCUCUGAGGGGCUUUAUUCUGUCGAUCUGAGUCUGAGCUGCUGGCCAUCUUCUGGUUGCUGUGGUAGAGCUGUGCUUCCUCUGACUGCAGCAUUGGAGUAAGAGAGAACCAGGGUUGUAGGAAUCAAAGGAACAGGAAUUUUCAAAGAAAAGAGGUUACUUGUGGGAUUUAGAAUGAACAUAAGAAAGAAUGAGGACCAGAGGCUCCAAGUUAAUAUGUAGGAGAAGAAUAAUCUCAAAGCUUGAUGCUAGAAAGGGGUGAGGGUGGGGGGGAAGGGAAUGUGGUCCAAGUGCUGCUGUGAUGGAUGGCACUCUCUCCUUCACUGUGUAGAGAAGCUAUUAUCAGUUUAUGAGGAGAGCACAACUGUCCCUAGCUUUGGAUACUCAGUGCUCCUCUCUGAGACCUCAGGGCUGAGAGCUACCUGGCCCAUUCCAAAGCAUGAGGCACCAAGUGGACUUAAACAGUGUUGUUGCCAUGCUCCUGACUCCACUUGGUCAUGGUGCCACAGAGUGCCAUAGGGCCUGCCUACUGCUAACUUACUGCUUUGCUGCUUUCUCCCCGGGCCUUUCUGUCCCUUGGCCAAAUAUUUUAAACUCAGGCUAUGGAGGAAACAGUAGUGUCCUCUCUUUGCCUAUGUUAUGUCAAGGUUAUUUUGACAGUGGUCCACUUUGUGCAGUUAAACCAGGGAUGUCGGAAUAAAUUCAGGAUGAGCAAAUUCAAAAGGUGGCUCAGGCACUUGUCAUCAGAUCUGUAGCUCCAACCAUUUCUUCCCUGUUUGCCUUUAGGAGAAACAAAUUGGUUGUGUGUGCAGAUAUGUUCUGUUUUAUUGACUUCUUAACUUUUCUGAUUUUUUUAGUGACCUGAUUUUGAAGGUAAUAAAGGGGAGUCAGAAGCUAAGGCCUGCAUCCCUAUCCUCAAAGGCCUCUCUCCUACCAGACCCUUAGAGCCAGCCUAGUGGUGGGAGAAGGCCAAACCACUCAAGUCUUCAAAAGCAUUUUGAUUACGUUUUUUACCCACAUGAAGACUUUGAGGGUAGCAGAAACCCUUCAGGAUGUUCAGAGUGCAGGAUGCUAUGGCCUAACCAUGCUAGAAAGCGGGCAUAUUGAGAAGAGUUGGGAGAUCAUGUUGGAGUUGAAGGAUGGAAUAAGUUUAUUCACUGGCCCUGAGAGGCCAUUGGAGAAAAGACUACAAAGUUAACUGACCUUGGACAGCAAUGAAGGAUUUGAGUUAAAAAUGGAAAAAAUGGCGAGAGCAAGGGCCAAAGUUUUAGGGAGAAUUCCUGGCUCCCCCGGGGAGUGCCAACUCACACUGAAGCUGCAAUACUUUCCAGAUGAGAAAAACUGUAGUUAACAAACACUACAACUGAGGGCUGAACCCUGCUCAGAUUGGAUGGUGAUGAGAAGCCCACUGGGACUUGGUGGGGAGGCCGGCACAACUCUGAUCCCUGGGGAUUGGGCAGGCCUCUCUCCUUAUGCAAUAAUCAAAUGAGCAUAUGGGUCUGUCGCUGGCAGCUGCUCACGAGUCGCCUCAGAAUCUGUCUGUGAGCACAGCCUGCAGGGAGCCAGGGCUCUCCCCACUUGCAGUACCUGCAAUAGGAGGGGAUGAGGGUGCAGUUUGCCCUGCUGAGCUUCCCUAGCAGGAGCAGUUGUAAUUAAAUGCACUUUUCACACUAAGGUUUUUUUGUGUUUUUCUCCCCUUAAACCCAGAUUUCUCCCUGGUAGAUAGAAAACUCCAAGUCCAUGGAAUCCCAAAGCCGUGUCAACUGCAACCCCCAGCAGUAACACUGGCCUCAUGUCGGGUCCCUGCCUGCAGUGUGUAUGGCAGAGGCCCUUGUGCCUUUACUCAGUGUCAAAUCCACAAGCAUUUGCAUCUUUCUGGCUGUUGUAGGGACUGAAAUUUCUUCAGCGAGAGCUGACUGGGUGGUUCUGGAACUACCUGAAGGACAGGGAGUUUGCAGUGAGGUGGAGGCAGUGGGUUGUUAGCUAGUGGACCCUCGGCUUCUUUGACAGACACCCGUGUCGUGUUUGCAGAGAAUGUGUAUUAUUUUGGGGACAGGAUCAUGGCCCAUCUGGAGUAUUAUCACAAGCCCGGGCCUAGCUUCUUUCCCAGUCACACAGGGGUCUGUGGAGCCAAACCAGUGGACAUCCCAGCUGCAAAGGGAGCACUUCUCCACGUGUACAGCACCUUACGGGGGUGGGGGUGAGGGUGAGGGGGACGGAGAGAUGGGACAGAGAAGGGAAGAAAGGGAUGUCAUCCAGGACGGAGAGAAGGCCAUACCUGGAGAGGACCGGGUGGAUCUGUUUUAGGUAGGAGUUCCCUGUAGAUAAAUUACCAAUCCCUCAACUAUAAUCCCCAUUAUGUAAUGGCUGAAUUAACAUGUAACCAACUGCAUUGUAUCUAAAGCCUUAGAACUAGUCAGGUGCUCCCCCCACCCAAUACUGUUUCUUACCCUCUAAUCCUACCUGAUCUUUAACAAAGCAUUAAUAAUUCUAAGGAUAAUCUAUUUUGUUGUGCUUUUUUGUAACUGUUUUAAAUAAAUCAAUUUGUACUGUAUAUUUGUACCUUUUGUGAGAUCCUUUUUGCUGUUUUACCAUUUUAAGUCUCUGUACUUGGCUACACAGAUUGUAUUUUUAUUGUUAAUGCUCUUCUUAUGGAUACCUGCAUUUAACUUGUGGACUAUGUAAACACGGUAUAUAUCAAUAUCUCUAUAUCUCUAUAUAAACUAAUAGCUUUUC